GGCGAAGGGAGCCUUUUCAGCGUCGUACUACAUGUCUUCUUCACUGUCGCCGGUGACAUGCAGACCGUGUGGUUUCCUGUCCCAGUCGCUGCUCUCUUUCGUCGGAUCGUGAACGUCGUCUCCGCCUUCUCCAUCUCGCAUCAAUACCUCCACCAGCCCCCCUCCGACUCUGACGUACCACAACCCGGAUCUUACUCGCUGCGAUGGCCCGCCUGGCCAGCUUACUCUCGAAAGCUGAUUUCCGAUGAAGGUCACCAACGUUAUCGCGUCGGUUCUCUGAACAUGUAUGCGGGCAGUGCAGAAGGCACAGAAGUCAAGGAUGCACCUCGCACUUCACCGCCGACAGACUCCUACGAUUCUUGGACUCCCGCUCAGAUUCAUCGACUCAUGCAUAACCCCGCUCUAUAUGAUCCUGUACGCAAACCCCGAUACCCUAUCGUGCUCUGUCAUGGACUCUACGGAUUCGACGUCCGCGGGCCUUCAUCGGUCCCCUUCCUGCGGCAACAUUACUGGUCUAAUGUCCUGAACGUUCUCCGCGGGAAGCUUGGGGCGGAGGUCUUGGUAACAGGCGUACCUAGCACUGGGUCCGUGUCCUCUCGUGCCGAGAACUUGGACCGCUUCCUACGAGACAAGGCACCCGCACGAGGUGUUAACUUUCUUGCACACUCCAUGGGCGGCCUUGACUGCAGGCAUCUCAUAUCCCACAUCAAACCCUCUGACUACGCGCCACUGUCGCUCACGACUAUCGCGACGCCACAUAGAGGAAGCCCGUUCAUGGACUGGUGCAAGCAAUACCUGGGGCUGGGCAGAUAUCAGGACGAGUCCUUCCGCCUGGGGGCCACAGAAAUGCAGUCCGACUCCCCAGAAGCGCGGCGCUCAGCCGCCGAACGGGAAACAGAGAAGGAGAAAGCCGCCGCGUCCGUCAAAUCCCUCCUCUCGCUCACCUCCCUCCCUUCCUCCUUCACGACCCUCCUCCUCUCCGUCCUCGACUCCCCCGCGUACGCGAACCUCACCACCGCGUACCUGAACACGGUCUUCAACCCGAACACCCCAGACGACCCGUCCGUGAAGUACUUAAGCGUCGCGGGACGCACCGCGGGCGUCGGCAUCUGGCACCCGCUCUGGCUGCCCAAGAUGGUGCUCGACGGGUUUGAGGAGCGCGAGCGCGCCCGCAUGCGCGAGACGAGCGACCCGCGCGCGGAGGACGACACGCUGUGGGGCAACGACGGGCUCGUGACCGUGCAGAGCGCGCAGUGGGGUGAGUUCUUGGGCACCUUAGAGGGCUGCGACCACUGGGAGAUCAGGGGCGCGCGGGGGCUCGACGUGGACUUGCCGUCGAUACCUGGGCCGGAGGAGUGGAAGCUGGGCGAUUGGGCGAAGUUCGUGCGGGCUUGGAAGAGGGAGGAGAAGAAGGCGGCGCGGGAGGCCGGCGCGGGGAUCAGUGAGCAGGGGCACGAGGCUGCUCUUGCGGCGGCUAGGGCUGCAGUGGGCGGUGAAGAGAGCGAGCGUAGGGAGCGGGGAGACGCGGGACAUAAGGCAAGGAGGGAUAGCAUGAACGCGGAUGAAGUCGUCAAGAGCUCGACGGACAAGGUCUCGGCGGUGUUCGACUGGAUCAUCGAGUCGACGCCUGCUAAAGCUGCUCUCAGUCCUCUCGCGUCGAUCUCGUCGGGGUCCAAGACCGAAGAACAGGAUAGGGACGGUCAGGCGGGGAAGGGAGAGAAGGAGAGGCGAGCGAAGGGCAAGAGCACGAAGCCGGCUGAGCGACAUGAUCUUGCGACGAAGAUGGACCUCGAGCGAUUCUAUGUGGCGCUGUGUAAGAAGCUCUACGACGAGGGCCUGUAAAUGCCAUGCAGACUCUGUAUAUGCUCGUGCUAGCUGCGGUGUAUCAUUAUUGUGUACUGUAGGUGCCCCUGAUAUGGCAGACAUGAACUUGACUUGAUCAGCACCUGGUCAUUUUCUAGCCUGUCACGGAUGCAGGAAAAUUUUCCCAAUGAUGAGGGAAAAGGCCCUAUAGUUUUGUGCGUGCAUGCUUCUCGGGUAUCGAACGCACGGGGAGGCCUAUAACCGGACAACACGCUGCCUCGCCAGGGCGACUGCCACGCUCCCUACACCCGCCGCCAAGGCGCACGAGCCCACGAAGAUCUCAACAGCUCCGUACCCAAACCGACCGAACCGCGCGCUGGUUGACGACGAUCGCCCUGCCUCGAGGAGCAGCCCGGAGACGAUAGGACCGAUGACCGCAGAAAUGCCUUUGGCGAACGUGAUCCCUGAGAACGCUAUGCUCGCGAAUUCGUGCCCCGCGCAUUCAACCGCGGCAUUCGUCCACGUCGACGAGAAGCCACCCGCCAAGCCACCGAAGACGAUGGAAAAGAAGUAGAGAUAGAUCGCGGCGUUGGCGAAGCCCCAUAGUAGGAAUGCUCCGAGCGCACUACCGACGGCGCUGAAGACCAUGAUCGAGGGGUAGGGGAUGCGAUCGGUCAGGUGGCCGAUGAAGAUCUGGCCUAUGACCGUGGCGGACAGGUUCAAGAGGGAGAGGACGAUGGUGGCUGUUGGCUGAUUGGAGAGGCUCCUUGUAAAGGUGGGGAUGUAGAGCGAGACCGGGAACUGGGAGAGACCUUGUAUGAGGGUCGUGAACACGAAGGUCCAAAAGAGGGGAUUAUGGAGGAACUCAAGACGAGAAGGUAUGAGCUUGGGCCUCCGCUGACCGGCUUUGAACUUAGGCACGGGGAAACGGCUGCGCAUGCCCAGGAGCGCAAUUGCUGAGCAGAUCGCCGUGCCGGUUGCCCAAAUCCUCAACGUCCAACGCACCCCGACCUCGCUGAGCAGAGCGUUGAGGAGGAAAGGGAAGGCAAAGCCCCCGACGCCGGUGCCGGAGAAGAUGAUACCACCAGCCAGUCCACGGCGCUCCGAGAACCACUCGGGGAGCAGUUUGAUGACGGGGCUGUAAAGGAUGCCGCCGCCGAUGCCCACGCCCACGCCUUGUAAGAGGAUGAGCUGCCACACCUGUGUUGCGAAACUGGACGCAAAGAGUGAGACGAAGUAUAGCGCAAGGCCAAACCACAUGGACGUCCGUAUAAAGUCUGGGUAUCUUCUCAGGAAGAAAAUCAAAAAUAUCCCCUCUCCGUACUGGAUGCCAAGGCAGGUAGUCCCAACAGCGGCUAUGGCAACCCCAGAUGCCGAGUCAAAAGGCGGGUGCGAGGUGUAGUAGUCUUGGAAGAUGCCAUAACUGAAACCAAAUCCCCAUACCAUCGUCUCCAGAAUGAAAGCAGAGGCACAAAAUGACCAUGCCUUCAGCCCGCGGUCGACGGGCGGGAGCUCUUGGACGUUUGCUCCCUCCUGCGUGUUGAUCGAUUGUAACGAAGUCGCUGUCUCCGACAGUUGGACGUGUGGUGAACCGGGCGCCGCGGGACUCUCAGAAAAGCUAUUCCUGGAUGUUGGCAAAGCGUUCAUUUCGUAUGACGUCUCCAUUGCGAACUUAAUGUUGCCAUUGGUUGACCGUCCAACUCCUGCCAUCUUCACGUUUCGGAUCUCAGGGAAUGGCUAGGUAGUCG